AUGCAUCGAAUAUUAGGAACGAACGAAUGCGUAGCCAAUUACUUAGAUGGCGGAUUUAUGAGAGGAUUGUGGUGCUUAUCACAUGCUGGAGCUUUAUUGCUCUUGCCAAUAGCAAUUUUUAUCUUAACCAAACCUAGCUGGCUACUCUGGCCAGCCUUAUUAAUGCAAUCUUCAUAUGCACUUGGACUGGCAAUUCUUUCAAUGGCAAUCGCUCCUAAAUUAAUGGAUGCAUUCAGUGGCAAAGUUAAUGUGGGUUUAAUUUAUUCUUUUGGUAUAUUUGUUACGGGAUUCAUACUUAAUUGGUUUUUUACGCUCGUCCUUUGGCAUUUUUAUUGGUAUAUAGAAAGCAAGUCACCAACGUGA